ACCCUGUAUGCAUGGAGUACUCCAUACUACAGAUAUCCUACGGUACUCUAAGCGGUAUGCUCGUAAUUUGUAUAAAAAUCUGCUCCAUCGCCACUAUCCGCCAUUCCUACUAAAAAGGGUAAGGCUUACUGAUUCCCUCCGUUAUCGUUAUCAGCCACCACCAUUACCACCAUUCUGCCUCUGCCACUACUGCCACCACCACCACCUUUCUUCUCCCUUUCCACGACCAUUGACAAGGGCAGUUUCAAUUUGUUUUCUCUGUUACACAGAACAGCGCAGGGAAUCAUGGCGGAGCGCAUUCUCAUGAACGAAUACAAAUCCCUGUCGCAGGAAGACUGGGUUAAUAUCGAUCUUCAAAAUGAAGACAUUUUCAAUUGGAAAAUCGGUCUCAUCGUUCUCAAUCCCGAAUCCAUGUACUACCGCGGUUACUUCACGGCUACUAUGAAGUUCCCCAGGAACUACCCCUAUUCCCCGCCUGAAUUCCGCUUCCUCCGUCCCCUCUGCCACCCCAACAUCUACUCCGACGGCAAGCUCUGCAUCUCCAUCCUCCACCCGCCCGGCGAAGACGAAAUGUCCGGUGAACUCGCCUCCGAACGUUGGUCCCCCGCACAACGCGUGGAAUCUGUUUUAAUCUCCAUCCUAUCCCUGCUCGAUGAUGCAGAAGUCUCCUCCCCAGCAAACGUUGAUGCUGGCGUCCUACUCCGCAAAGAACCCGAAACAUACAAAGCCAUUGUCCGCCGUCAAGUCGAAGAGUCAAAGAAGGAUAUCCCCGAAGGCUUUGUUAUGCCUACACAUGAGUCGACUAUGCGGACGAAUUCCGUGGACAAAGUGGACGAUGAGGACUUCUGGGCCGACAGUGAUGUGGACGACGAUGUAUUUGGGGGAAGUGACUCGGAUGAGGACCUUGAUUUCGACGGGCAGGAGACGAGUGAUGACGAGUGAUUUCUUUUCUAUCUGUUAUAUUAUUUAACAUUUUAUGUUUGGCAUCUUGGUGGGUAUUUGAUGGGUGGGUUUGUUAUUUUCAGCAUAGCGCAGGCGCACCCGGAGCUUAGGUUAUAAUAUACAUAUUCCGAUCUCGUACAUUGCUCAUUAUUUAUUCCAGGGCUUUUAAUGGAACCAAUACACACUGCAGGCCUUGACACAUUGCAUCUUGUAUCGAUAUAGUUGAGAACUGACAUAAUUCAUUAUCAAACCACUCAAAGCAUAUCCAUCAAUGUUAUUGAUAUACCAG